CCCCGCCCCGCCCGGAGGAUGCUGUCGGCAGCGCUGCGCCAGGGCGGCGGUGCGGGGCCAUGAGCCGGCCGGAGGCCGAGCCCUGCUCCCGGGCGCUGGCGCAGGCCCGCGUCUACCUGGGGCAGCUGCGGAGCCGCGUGGCCUCGGGGGGCCCCGAGGGCGGCGGGCGGAGGGACUACCUGGUGGAGGCGGCGCGGCAGCUGCGGCUGGCGCUGGAGCGGGACGUCAGCGAGGACUACGAGGAGGCCUUCAACCACUAUCAGAAUGGCGUGGACGUGCUGCUCCGCGGCGUGCAGGUUGACCCCAACAAGGAGCGCCGAGAGGCUGUAAAGCGGAAGAUCACUCAGUACUUGAGGCGUGCGGAGGAGAUCUUCAACUGCCACCUCCAGCGGGCUGCAGGGGAUGGCAACCACACGGCCACGGGGUACAGCAGCCUGCGCUUCAGGCCGAUCAGGACACUCAGCUCAGCAGUGGAGAACCUGAGGAGGUGCAAGGUGGUGGGAGUGAUCGAUAAGGUGCAGAUUGUCCAGGAUCCAGCCACUGGUGGCACCUUUAUACUUAAGAGCCUCCCCAAAUCCCACGUUGAGACCCGGGAGCGACAGACCAUCAUCCCUCAUGGGGUGCCCUUCAUGGUCAAGCUGUUGUGCUACUAUGUGAGUGAGGACUCCAUCUUCCUCCACCUGGAGCACGUGCAGGGGGAGACACUGUGGUCUCACCUCCGCUCCAAGUACUGUGUCCAGCAGGGCUCUGCCAAUUCAAACACCGCUCAAGCCCUGAGGGACCAUGGCAGAGAGGACAGCGUGGGAAGCUCCCAGCGCAGCAGCCAAGCCUCCAUCUUCUCUGCUUGGACAGACAGUGGCCUCCCAGGCUCUGUGACUCACCAAGUACUGGGAAACGUUGGUGCCUCCCUCCCUCAGGAGCAGUCCCUUGACCCCAUGGACCCUGGCUCGGGGAACCACUGCCAGCUUCACCUGGCUCCUGCUAGCAGCGUGAGGGCUGCACCUGGAGGGCAGGAUCUCAGUGUGGUUCAGGCUGUGUCUAGCCUUGUGGACCAUGUUCCAGCAGCAGCAGCCAAAGGUCCCAGCCAGGGCCUGGUCAUCAGUCCCAGGGACGCUGUAGCCAGCAGUGCAGGCUGCACGUUGGAGAGAGCAGCCUCUCAGCGUGACCCCAGGCUUCCUCAGACACCUGCCCCUCUACCGAAGACUGUGAGGGGGGGCCAGGCAGGGGCAGGGCAGCCAUUGUCUCAGCAAGUGUCUGAGACCCCCUGGGCUUGGCCUCUCCCAACCUCAGGUCAGAGGCAGCUUCAUGCAGGAGUUGCCCCAUCUGGCUCUAGCAAGCCCAAUGGGCCUGGCCUGGCAAAGGAGACCUCAUGGGAAGGAAGCCUGACCCGUGGCCAGCUCAAUGAGCAGCCAGCAUCAGGACAGUGCAAGGCUUUGGCUUCCUGUGGGCACAGCCAGAGAGCAUGGGCUGUGAAGGAGGAGCAGGUGCAGCUGUGGGCAGCAGAAAUCCUCCUGGCCUUAGAGGGACUUCACCAACAGGGUGUAUUGUGCCGGGACCUCAACCCCAGGAACCUGCUGCUUGAUGCAGGCGGUCAUGUUCUUCUCACUUUCUUUGGCCAGUGGACAGAGGUGGAGCCCCACUGCUGCAGCCAGGCACAGGAGGAGAUGUACAGUGCCCCAGAAGUGGGAGGGAUCAUGGAGCCCACCGAAGCAGCUGACUGCUGGAGCUAUGGCGCUCUCUUGUAUGAGUUGCUGACAGGAGUGCCACUGUGCCAGAACCACCCUUCAGGGAUUCAACCUCACACCCAGCUGCAUCUGCCAGAGGGGCUCAGCCUGGCUGCUACAUCACUGCUCACCGAGCUCCUGCAGUACAACCCCAAGCGGCGCUUGGGGUCUGGAGACGGUGGCAUGGCGAAGCUGAAGUCCCACUCCUUCUUCAGCACCAUCCCAUGGAACAAGCUGGUGGGCUAGGCAGGCUCUCCUUCCCCCAGGCAGCUGAGCGUAGAGCCACCAGCCCUGGCACUUGUCCCUCGAGGUGGCAAUGGCAGCUCUGCCUCCUGGGAGAGAUAUGCCUGGAAGGAUUGUCCCAGGGUGGGCUAUGCAUGAGGUUUGUCACCCUUACAUGUGCUGUCCCUGCUUGUGUUUGUUGGUGUCUCCAAGGGAGGCGACUGUGGUCUGGGCCGGGCUGUCCCCUCCUCGAGCUUGUUCCUGGGCAGGAGAGCUGAGAUUCCCACCUUCAGGGAGAGGCUGUGUUCUCCUUCUGUUAUGUCCCUUGCUCAGCUUAGCCUUGGGACUCCCUUCCUCUGUUUUUUAUCUCUGCUGCUACUACAGUGACCCCUCUGCCCUGUUAUUUUUUGGUGGUUUCUAAGUGCAUCUCCAGGCCUUGCUGGCUGGUGCCAGAGCCUGAGCACUGUGCCCGUGCCUGACUGUGUGUGGAUAAUGCCUAUUGUGAGGGCAAGAUGAGAAGGAGCACUCUGCUCUUCUCCUUGCCUGCUGAGAAAAAUAAACCACUCAUCAUU